UCCCCCAAAAGUUUCGGUUUGCGUUAUGCACGUCAUCGCGUGUUUACGGAUGUUCUUGCUUAUUUUUAUAGUUGUCGUUUUCAUUUGAAAAGGUUGUUUCUACUGGGAAGUGUGCAAAUGAAUAUAAAAUUUGACUUAUAGGAAUUCUAUUCAAGAUAACCGGUCUACCUCAUCUAUUUACGACUACUUUUGUGGGGGACAGAAUUUUUUCCCUAGACUUUGUGUUGAAGAAAACCUUUUAGAGAUCAUCAAAACCUGGGUAAACCUCUGCACUAAAUAAGAUAAAGAAAUCUGCUAAAAGAUGAAUUGCGAAAUUUGUAACAAAUCUUUUACUGGAAUCGAAUGCUAUCAGCAACAUGUGGCCAGUGAUAAGCACAAGAGAAAAGUGUCAUUGCAUAAUAGUUCUAUGUCCACUGAAUCUGUCGCUGCUACUGCUUCAUUUUCUGAGAUUCAACAUGUAGAUACAAAUACUUUUCCCUGUCUAUCAUGUGCUAUAAAUUUUCAAACUCUUUCUGAGUUUAUUAAACACACAGGAAGCAAAGAGCAUGCUCUUAUGAUUCUUAGAGAAAAGGACACCAAUGCUAAUGUUGAAGACUGUGACUCGACUUCUAACCUGAGAAGCUCAACAGAUUUAUUGAAGAAGAAUAAUUUCGAAGCAAUCACAUCUUGGAAACCGAGAUGUGAAAAAUGUGAUAAAAAUUUUUCUGGUCCUGAGUCAUAUCAGCAACAUAUUGAUAGCUUUGAACAUAAAAGGAAAUGUGGUUUAAUAGCUACUGUUGAAAUUCCAGUAAAUGUACCAUUGGCAACUCACUGCACCUUAUCUUGUGAACCAUGUGGCGUUACUUUAUCUGGUCCGAUACCAUAUCAAGAUCACAUGCGUAGCAAAGGCCACAAGAAGAAAGUCCUGGCUUCAUCUUACAAGUUUAAUGAGAACUCAAAAGAAAAUUGUAACAGUGAUUCUGUUGAUAACGCUCCUGAUGUUGAACUGUCCAAGAAGACUAGCUGCAUUGUUUCAUCUCUUGCGUGGUAUUGCGAAUUAUGUGACGUGCGAUGUUCAGGUUUAGAUCCUUAUCAGGCCCACGUGAAAGGCAAAGGGCACAGUAAGAAAAUGAUCAGGAAAGAAGCUGUUUCGAAACAAAAUGAGCUACAAAGUUUGUUAUUGGGACAGGCUUCAUCACUUGGUAGCUCUGCCCAAGCUUCGGGACAGUUUAUGUCGCCUUCACAAGUGGAUGGAAGAAGUGGAAGUGAAAAUACUGUAACUGGAGAUUUGGGGGAAGAAGUAAAAAAAUCACUUUACGGUGAAGACUGGGAUGUCAAAAUUAGCACUCCAUCUACCCUCAACCUGACCUUUUUCGCUGUUGGUGAAAAAGUAGAUUUUAACAAGAAUUCCAAGACACAAAUUGAAGUUAAGGAUUUGGAUAUGAUUGAUGUUAAAGAAGAAGAGGAAGAAAACGAAGAAAUGGAGGAGUAAUAAAUACCAGCUUCCCUGGGGCAGAAUUUUUUGGGGCUUUCUGCGACAAACCUCUCUAGCAAUAAUAUCUUUCUGCAAGACACUAUUAAUAAUAAUCAAUCUUCAUGUUAUUCAUUAAAUUUUUAAAUUCAAAGUAACAGAAACAUAUUUUAAAAAAAAAGUCUAUCUGGAUAUAAUACAAUUGCAGGUAUUUUUUUUAAAUGAUUGUGUAAUAUUUUUUUAUUUAGAUAUCAUGGGCGAUAUUCUCCUAUUUUGUAAAAGGAAAACUCCCCAAUAAUUUCUUUUUUCGCUUUUCGUAAAUCAUCAUCACAUUAAAAAAAAAUCGUAAAAUCUGUGAAGGAAAAAAAAAAGCAAUUCUUAUUUUACUUUUCUCAAAUAAGAAUUUAAAAAAUAACGAGCAUUUCUUCCCCUCUGAUGUGUGAAAAAGGCAUCUAUUGAAUAUAAUUGUGGAGGAAAAAAAAUUUCAAGUAUUUCUGCAGCAAAGAAAUUUUUUGCUUCAAUAUUCUUUAUUUUUCAUUCUUCUCAAAUAAGAAUCGAAAAAUGUUGAACAUUUCUUUCCCCUCCGAUGGGCGAAAAAGGCAUCUUUUAAAUAUAAUUUUAGGGACUAAAAAAUUUCCAAAAUUUUUGCAGAAAGGAAAACCUAAAGUUUUUACUUUCUAAAGGAAAAUUUUUCUGCAAGAACUCUGUAUCGUUCUGCGACAAUGUCGCUGUGUCGCCACGAUUCUGACUCUGGGACCAGCUUAUGUUAUGAUUUUUUUUUAAAGAAUUCUAUUUUUAAUUGUCAAUUUAAAACUUUGUAAUGUCAAUUGAUUAAGAUUUUUUGGGGGUGGGGGGGUGAAUUUCAGCUUAGUCUUAUUUAACUAGACAAAAUUAAUUUAUUUUAUCAAAUCUUCAAGUUUUUAAAAGCUGAGUGUUUGAAGAUACUAAGUGCCAAUCUUUGAGUAUUUUAGGUGUGAAAAAAGGCCCCUAGUAUUUUUCAAUGAACAGUUGACGAAUGACCUUAAAAGACCACUCUUGGCAGCAAAUUAAAAUGCUAUGAAUUCGAACAGCUUAAAUGAGUGUUUGUGAUUUAUAAACAGACAAAUAAAGAAAAGAUGCAUUAUUUAUAUCCUAUUGUUAUAUUAUGAACUUUAAAACUAGUUUACUCAAGUUCAUUUCGACAACAUUUAAAACCUUUAUCCAGCAUCUACUCAGCUCUUCAAUUAAAUAGAACUUUUACUUGUGUUAUAUAUUUUUCAAAUUAAGCUUAGUCUAUGUAGUGUGAAAGCUUACAGUUAUAAAUUUUCUUUUGAAGUUUUUGUAAUAUUUUUCAAAGGAAUACAGUAAAAGUUGCAUGGAAACUCUUCUGUUGCAGAUGUUUAAUAAAGUUGUAAACUUUACAAAGAAAAAGGGUUAUUAUAAACUUUGGGUGAAAAAUGCCUACAUUAGCAUUAACUAUUUUUAUAUUAUUUUUUUUAAUGUUUUAUAAUUAUUAAUUCUACUUAUCUUAAUAUAUGCUAAUACUCAUAAACAACCUAAACAGUUUUUGUUAUCUAGGAGUUUAGUGUAGAGCAGUUCCUUAGUGACUUUUACUUUUUUCUUUGCAUGCAUGUUUAGAAACUUUUUUUUAUAUUUGUUUUUACUUCAGACAUUUCUAUUACUGUAUCUUACCUUUUUUCUCCGCAUAACUAGCUUUUGUGUCAUUUAACUGCACAUAUCGUCAAUCCAGCACAAGCUUAAUUUCCUUUUGUAAUUUGAAAAAUUCUCCAAAGGAAUAAGUACUUUAAAGUUUUAUUACUGUAAAUUCGUAAAUCAAUUCAAUUAAUUUAUUGCAAAAGAAGAAAAAUAUUUUUUGUGAUUGUGUCUUUUAUUUUUAAAAAUAAAAUAUAUUAAGCAGCAAAACUAUAUAAUAUGUAAAAAAUGUGAAGGCUUAAUAUUUAAUCAAUUGCAUAAAAAUUUAUGAUGCAUUUAUUCAAAGUUAUUUCAUCCAUUAUAUUUAUUUUGUCCCUGAAGAUUUAAUAUUUUAUGUCACUUAGUGAUACAUUUCAAAAGUUAUAAGCAGAUAGUAUAAGCCAUAUAUAAUCUAAAAAAUCUUUUGCUGUUCAGCAAUAGGGUGUUCUGUAAUGAUUGCAUUUAAUAUAUAUUUUUAAAAUCCUAUGCACAUUAUGAAUUGCUAAUUAAUGUUCAAGUUAGAUAAAAAAAAAUUCAAUUUAGGGCCUUAGUGCAAAAGAAAAAAAAAAUGGUGAGUCCAAAUUAAUAAAUGGUUGGUAAGUCAAUUGAAUUAUAAAAAGAAAAAAGGUUUUCUUAAUUUUCCUGUACGUGAUUUGCUACAUAGGAGAGAAGUGCUUUCACAUUUGUGCUCAAUUCUUGCAGUAUUUGAAGCAACUAUAUAGUGAUAGUGAAAAUAAAUAUAAAAGGUUUCGUCUUCGAUUUCUCUUAUGUAUUUCGAUUUCUCCUAUGUAUUUCGAUUUCUCCUAUGUAUUUUGAUUUCUCCUAUGUAUUUCGAUUUCUCCCUCACUACAAAGUUAAAAAAGGUUGAUUUUACUUUUGUGCCUUAUUCUUGCAUCAAUUAUCUUGUUGAUUUGCAUUGAAUUACAUUUAUUCAUUAUUUAAAAUUAUUUAUGAUCAGGAGGUUUUAAUUGGAUAAAAUGGUUAUGUCAUUCACAUCAUCGGAAGAAAAAAAAAUUAAGUCAUAUUUAAUAUUUGUGUUGUUUUUUAGCCAAGUCAGUUAAGUUUUGUAAAUCCAGUCAGUUAAUUUGUGAUAUUUUAGUUAAGUUUUGUAAUAUUUUCAAAGUGAUAUGUAUAACAUGCAAUGUGCUUGAAAAAUAUUUAUUCAUAUUAUUUAUGAUUUUAUGUUUGCACUUAAAAUGUCUAAAGUAAGUUCAAGCUAAGAUAGAAAUAUAUCAAUAAUAAGUGGGAUAUUAACUAAAUUUACAUUAUCCUGUUUUACUUUCAUGAAUUUGUGAAAUUUGAAAGUAAAAGAAUUUUUACUUUUAAUGAAACUUUGUCUUAGAAGAUUGUGAUACAAAAUAAAAAGCAUUUAUAUGAGUAUAUAACAUUUAUGUAAGGAAGAUUUUGUGACCAUAAGAAGAUUCUGUGCUCCAUAAUGAAUGCCCUUAAUAUUCAUUUUUAGAAUUUUUGUUAAAUAUUAAAUUGAAAAAAACAAAAAAAACAAAAAAAAAACAGGCCCAAAUACUAGUUUUGGAUCACAUAUUGAUAUUUGUGCCAGAAAAAAAUAAACAUUCUAUCAAAAUCUAACUGCAACUAAUGGGAAGCUGAUAACAUCUUAAAACAGUUUUAGUGUGGAAAAUUUUUUUUAUUUUGCUCCCUUAGCUGAUUAUCUGCUAAUUUUUAUUAUAUCACCAACUGUGAUUUUGUUUCAUUUUUAUGUUAAUUUUUGUAAUGAUAUCAAACGAGGUUUCGUUCAUGUUUCUUGUGUCACUAAUGUGUUGUCCAAAAAAUAUUUUGGUUUACUUGAGACUGAGGAGAAAUUAUACAACAGUAUACACUAAAAAAAGGAAUUUUAUUUUUUGGACCUUAAGCUUUUUAUCAUUCUUUUUUUAAAAAUUACUUAUUUUAAUAAAAAGUAAUUUAACUUACGAAUGCACUUUGGAAAACAGCUUAUUUUUGUUAGCACAUGUUUUUAAGUUGGUAUGUAUAUAUAUAUAAUAAAAGUGCUCUGUAAUGAACGCCCUUAAUAUUCUCUUUUGGAAUGAUUGUUAAAUAUGAACUUAAAAAAAAAAUGUUUAUAUUAAUUUAGUCACAAAUUGAUGUUUAUGGCAAUAAAAACAUAUAAACCAUAUUGAAUUCUGUUCAACUGAAACAGAGGUGAAGCUGAUAACAGCAAAACCAGUUUGUUUGCCUGAACAUCCAAUAGUGUAUCUAUUUCUUUUUGCUCAAAGAAAUUCUGAAUAAAAACUUUUUGUAUUUAAGACCUAAAUUGUACAAUAAAUUACCUCUACUAGUAAAAUCAGAAACCUCUUUUAAAUUGCAAGAAAUUUUUAAAAGCAAUUAUUUUUUCAACUGAUGACAGAAAAGUUCAUUACAAAAUUUCAUUUCAUAUUUCUUUUUAGCUCAUAAUUUUUUAUGAAGCUGAUCAGCUUAUCACUGCUGCCUUUUUUCUAAUUACCUGCAUGAGGAUAUUCCUUGGCAGUACAAAUCUAGGUUUUUCUUGUUUUUAUUUUAAAGCUAUCAUAUAAUAAAGAUUAACACUUCUAAAUUGCAAAUUUUUUAUUGAAAAUUAUAUUAAAGCAUAAUUCAUAUAUAGUGCAUAAAAAUAAGUAAAUAAAAUAAAAAAGUGAACUUCUUAAGCAAUAUUAGACCUAAUUUGAGAAUUUUUAUGCAUUAGGAUUCCAUCUUAAUAGUUCAAGGGUUUUACCCUAAAAACGCUAAUAUUAUUGGUAAACUUAAAUAUUAUAGACAAUAUUUUAAAUUACACGAAAUUAUACACAAAAACCUACUAAUCCCAGAAUAAACUUGCACUCUUUUUUUAAAAAAUAAAUAAAUCUAGGAUUCGAAUUUUUGACCUUCAAAGUAUGGGGGCGUAUCCUUUGUUUAGGAAAGAGCUCAAAAGUUUAUACUGUUACUUUCUAUUUUCUGGUAUUUUACCAAAUCUCAAGAACUUUUCAAAUAAAGCAAGUUUUUGCACAGAAUUUUACAAUGUAUUUAUCCAAAAGUAUAUAAUUUCACAUAAAAAAUAAUUUUUAAUAAUUAUUUAUUCAGUUUUUUACUAAUAGUCAAAAAUGUAUUGAAUUGGAAGGUGUACAUUUUUUUAUACUUUUUUAAAGUUAAUAAUUUAAAAGGACAAAAUUUGAAAGAAAUCAGUUGAAUGGUUUCUGAGAUUUUUAUAAAUUUGUAUUUUUAAAAUUUCAUUUAUCGAGAACUAUUUGAUCAAUUUUUGAUACCUCCGAAUCAAUUAGACUCAAAAUUGGUAUUGUUUUUAAACCAAAAUCAAUUUUAAAAAAACAUUAAAAACAGCUUAAAAAAUUUGAGUAAUAAUUAUAGUUUCAAAAAAAAUUCAAAUUGCUUUGAGAUAUAGUAUAUCGCAGCAACUAUUAUUCCUUGUAGUUACUGUUAAAUGUUCUAUCAAAUAUUGUAAUUUUCCAUAUUUUAAAAAAGUCUUGGAAAAGUCUUAUCUAUUAAUAUUUAAACUUGAAACAUCAUUGAAAAAAGUUUAUAAAGCUAUACUAUUGAAGUUCUUCGUCAAACCAUAUCACCAUAUAUAAAAUUAUUUAAAUGUAUAUAUUUAUUUAUGCUUAAUAUAUAAAAACUUUUAUUUCUUUUUUGUCAAUCUGAACCAUGCACAGAAAAUCAUGUCUUAAGAACUGAAGUUUAUCACUUGUUGAGUUAUGAAGCCCACCUAGCUUCAGGUUGAUGGAUCCCUGCAUGUCUUUGAAGAAAGCCAGCUGGUAUAAAUACCUGAAUAAUAUGCUUUACUUUUUUUUUAAAAAAUCAAAUUUGUUAAGUGACUGUUGAGUUAUAUGUAGAGUUUUUAGGAGCACAUUUUAUGAACUAAUCCUAAAUGUGUCAAUAUUUUAUUUCACAAAAUUGUGUCUCAAAAAUUUGAUUUGUGUGACUUAAAAAAAUUCAUAUUUUUAUACUUAUUUCUUAUGUUGGAAGUAAUGUAUUUAAAGGAAAGAAAGAGUUUUUGUUUGGUAUAGAGAAUAAAGACAUGAAAUAAA